AUGCCGGGUUACGACUUCCAGACCAUCUCAACGAAAGCUGGUAGUGUCAUCUUCCAUCUGGCCAUCUCCGAAUGGCUGUCCUCUCCAUUGCUGCGGAAACUGGUGCCUGCCUUCGGGACUUUGCCGUCCAACAAACAGGUGGUACUGAGAAACAGUGUCAUGUCCACGGUCCAUGCUGCAAUCACCGGUGGUUUCAAACAUCUACCUUACUUUGCGACAAGCAACGCGCUUGGGUUCCUGGUAGCUGACAGUCUACUGAUGGCGAUGUAUGUUCCUAUACGAGACUGGAAGUUAACACUGCAUCACACAGUUGCUAUCUGGGGCGCCCAUAAUGUCAUGGUUGCUGGUGCGGGAUUGUAUUUUGGCAACACUUGGUUUCUGAUGGAAGUGUCAAACCCAUUCGUGAAUAUGAGGUUGAUCCUACACACUCUGGGCCACAAACGUUCCCUGCUCUACAAAGUAAACGGCGUGGCCAUGCUGGUGGCAUUCUUCGCUUUCCGUAUCGCCACCAUCCCCAUCUACUUUGGACUAGUUCCGCACAUGAGGACAGGGGAGUUCUUCAAAAUGGAACUCGGCCCUAUCAUCAAAUUCUUAUUUAUCAGUCCCAUAUUUUGUAUGUUAAACAUAUUUUGGUUCACCAAGAUAUGUAAAGGGGCAUACCGCGUCCUGUAUUCCUCCGAAACGGGUAGUGAAUUAUUUUCGUCCAUCAAGAACUAAGAGUUCCAAGACCUCACACCUUCGCCAAAUGAUGUUAACCUUUUUCGAGUGAUAUAUUA